AAUACAUAAUUAUUAUAAAACGAAACUUGACAUCGAGUAGUUGUACUAGAAAAAAGAAGUGCAUCAAAACAGAAGUGAACAAAUAAAAAUAAACUCUAUUCUAUUUAAAAUAAGGUGUAAUGUUCGUGAGUUACAAGUGGUUAGUGCUGUGGACGUUAUGGGCUGGUCGGUUUGUUCGUCAGCCCACUCCAGUAAGGAGUCUACAUGAUGGAUCGUUGGUGAGAGGACAGUACUCCGUAGACGGUUCCUAUCAACGAUACACUGGUAUACCAUAUGCAAGCUCCGAACAUAAGUAUAGAUUUAAGGCUCCUGGACCUGCUCCUAAAUGGGAUGGCGUAUUCGAAGCUACCAGGGAACAUAUACGAUGCCCACAGACAAACUUCAAAUUCCUCCCUCCAGUACUUGGGACCGAAGACUGCCUCACGAUCAACGUUUACAGUCCAAACCAUGCCUGGGAUGGUGCACCACUACCCGUCAUGGUCUUCAUCCAUGGAGGUGGAUUCAGAGAGGGAUCUGGAGCCUCUCUGCUGUAUGGACCCGACUUUUUAGUAGCCAAAGGAGUUGUUCUUGUCACUUUCAACUAUAGACUAAACGUCCAUGGAUUCCUUUGCUUAGGUAUCAAGGAUGCUCCUGGUAACGCAGGACUUAAAGACCAAGUUGCCGCGCUCAAAUGGGUUCAGAAAAACAUCCGAGCGUUUGGUGGAAAUCCUGACAACGUUACUAUAUUUGGUGAGAGUGCCGGUGGUGCUUCGGUGUCCUACCAUUUACUUUCGCCAAUGUCUAAAGGACUGUUUCACAGAGCUAUAGCUCAAAGUGGAUCCUCUGUAUCAGCGUUUGCGAGAAAACGGGAUCCAUUAGAUCAAGCAGUCGCUUUAGUAAAAGCUAUGGGUUUGAAUAUAAAUGAUCCCCAAAAAUUGUAUGAAGCUUUCAAUAAAAUGUCCCUGGAUGAGUUAGUUGGUACAGAAAUACCGCGAGUGAAAGGAAGAUUGCAAUUUGCACAUCUGCCAUUUGUACCGUGCACUGAGCAGCCAAUAGGUGGCGUUGAACCGUUUAUAACUGAUACACCUUUUAAUAUCUUCUCUAAAGGAGACUAUAACAAAGUUCCUGUCAUCAUAGGCUCCAACAGUGAGGAAGGAUAUUAUUUUGCAAGCCGAGAUACUGAUACAACUUUGUCGAAUCUAAGUUUUGAACGCUCAAUAGAACUGUUUGACCUUGAAUUCCCAUCGAAGGAAAAGAAAAAAGAAGUUGCGAACAAUUUGAAGAAGAUAUAUAUGGGUGAUGAGAAAAUUUCGCGGGAGAACAUUGUGAAGCUUUCCAGAUUCCAUGGGGAACCAUAUUUUAAUUUGCCAGAGUAUAUUGAGACUGAUCUCAUAUUAAAGACGAGUGAUAAGCCUGUUUAUAAGUAUGAGUUUCAGUACAGUGGGAGGAGGAAUAUUCCAAAAUUUGUUGCUGGGUCUACAUUCAGGAGUGCUCCAGGGGCUACUCAUGCCGAUGAGCUGUUCUACAUGUUCAGUUUGUUUCCUAUACCAAUCAUGUUUGAGACUGAAAUGAUCAGGACUAUGACCACCUUGUGGACUAAUUUUGCCAAAUACGGGACACCUACACCAGAAGGUAGUGAGUUCAACUGGCCUCCUACUUCCCUGGCCUUGCCAACAAGACUGAACAUCAAUGACCAGCUCUCCAUAGUCCGUAAUCCUCCAAUUACGGAAACUGUGCAGUAUUGGAAGCAGUUGUAUGAUCAAUAUCGUGCUUCAUAGCUCAGUAGUAAUUAUAGAGUAGUAGUUUAAU